AUGAACAAAGCCAACAGGUUCAAAGAACCCGAACUUUCUUUUCGCCCUUCACACAACAGGCACAGCGCUCAACAUCGCCGCCGAACGUGCCAACGACUGCUCAAGAGCAAGGCAUUCCCCAAUUCGGGGCGAGAGGCAGCCCCCAUUCGGGGUGAGGACGAAAUCACGGCCGACGAGGCCACUCCUGCCCCUGAGGCGGAGCAGAACUCGACAAUGGGUCACCGUUCCGGCGCCUCUGGGGCUGCCGGUCCCAGUCUCGACACGGUCGAACUAGGAUUGACACAUUUGUCUAGCUUCACUCUUAUAAUGAUAGAACCAUAUAGCAAAUGA